AUGUGGACUCAGGCACACAGCCUCUUUGUGUUGAUGGGUGGUUUCAUGCUUUAUAUGGACGGGAAACCCUACCUUACACUACAGCCUGAUCACAUUCUCGAACUGAUACGUGAAAGGUGUAUCGACGUCCCUACCCUAACGGCAGACCAGAUCCACGAUAAGAGCAAAGGCAAUGCGAUAUCGAAAGGAUUGGUUAUGCUUCAGGUGGCCUGGUUUAUCAUGCAGCUCGUCACCCGCGUCAUCUAUCCCCUCGAAAUCACCCAGCUCGAAGUGGGGACACUCGCUUUUGCGGUACUUAAUUUCCUAACCUAUGCUGCGUGGUGGAACAAGCCUCUCGAUGUGGAAUGUCCACAUCCAAUGUACUGGAAGUCGACCAACUCAAGGCCAGAGAAUAUUUUGGGAGACCAACCCGAUGACCUUGGGAUCUUUUCUCCAGUCCUCGGCCCAAUCAUAGAACUGAUAGGCUGGGCUGACAUUCCCACAUCUCGAAAGUUGCGAGUUCCAACAUUUGAUGGCAGCAUCAAACUCGAACGACCUUCGGACAAGAUGAUUCUUGUAGCCGCUGGACUUCUCAUGACAACCAUAUUUGGCGCCAUCCAUUGUAUGGCUUUGUUCCUUACCUUUCCCACAUAUGAGGAACACCUGCUAUGGUCCAUAAGUGCUAUCAUUAUAACUUGCAUACCCUGGCUUGGUUUUGUCACUCUAUUGCCCUUCCUGUGCGCAUCAAAGGAGGUUCAAUUCUCGCUCUGUUCAUUAUAUGCCAUGUUCUACAUCAUAGCUCGUGCCGUCCUCUUUGCACUUAUGUUCACUACUUUACGCAAUCUUGGUCAUAACGCAUACGAAGCGGUGUCGUGGACCACUGAGGUGCCGCACUUAUAG